AUGUCGCUCAAGAUCAACGGCUUCAAUGUCCAUGUAGGCCCGGUCAUAAAACCUGGAGCCAAGGAAGCUGGUCCUUACGAUGCAUUCAACCCCUCGAUCAGAGAGUUACCCAAGGGCCACCAGCGAACACCUGCAAAUAGAGCUUUCGAGGCAGACACCAUCUUUGAGAAAGAUAUUGUGCUACCUACUCGUGAUGGUGCCAGGAUAUACGCUGAUGUCUUCCGUCCCAAGACUGACGACAAGGUACCUGCGAUUCUCAUUUGGAGUCCAUAUGGCAAGACUGGAAAUGGGCCCCACGGACUUGGUAUGAUACCUGGUAGAUUUGGUGUUCCUGAGAGUCAUGUGAGUGGUUAUGAAAAGUUCGAGGGUCUUGAUCCAGCGGUUUGGCCUGCCAGAGGUUACGCUAUUGUAAAUGUCGACCUGCGAGGUUCGUGGGACUCUGAUGGAAUCGUUCCAUGGGUUGGCAAGCAAGACGGUGAAGAUGGUUAUGAUGCCAUUGAGCAUGUUGCCAAGCUCCCUUGGUGCACGGGCAAGGUCGCAUUGGGCGGAAACAGUUGGCUUGCCAUGGUGCAAUGGCAAAUCGCGUCUCAGAACCCUCCGUCGCUAGCUGCUAUCGCUCCCUGGGAAGGCAAUGCAGACUUCUACCGCGAUACUCUUGCCCGUGGUGGUGUGCCAUACCCUUACAACGCCAUGUGGAAGCUGCUCCAGGAUAGCAUGGUAGGGCACACGGGGGCCGAGGCUCCCAUUACAAUGUUGGAACAGUAUCCCCUUUAUAACGAGUAUUGGGACGACAAGAACGUCAAACUCGAGAAAAUCCAAGUUCCUGCAUAUAUCCUUGCAAGUUUCUCCUCUGCACUCCACACGACUGGCUCUAUACGAGGUUACCAUGAUAUAUCAUCCAAAGAUAAGUGGCUCCGUAUCCAUGCCAGACAAGAGUGGUCUGACUUGUAUCAUCCGGAGAAUGUGGAUGAUUUACAUAAAUUCUUUGACUACUUCGUCAAGGGUAUCAAAAACGACUGGCCAAGCACUCCGAGAGUUAGAGGCUCACUUGUUGGGUUUAACUUACACCAUGUUGUAAACAUCCCUCUGGAAUCUUACCCUAUCCCCAACACGAAACACACUAAGCUUUACCUCGGCUUUGGCCAGAAUCUUGACUUGUCUCCUGAGAGGGAAACACAGACCCUUUCUUAUGAUGCUUCCUACCAUCCUAAGCAUCCGCUUCAAGGUGGUGAAGAGCUCCUAUUCAAGUAUAAGAUGCCAAAGAAAACAUGGCUCAUCGGCUAUUCAUGGCUCAAUAUUAGUGUAUCUAAUGAUACCGAUGAUGAUAUUGAUGUCUUUGCCCAGCUGGGAAAACAAGACGUUUCUGGCGAACAGCUGGUCAAUAUGAACGUUGCUCUGAAUGAGCUGAUCCCACCCGUCAACCAUCACACUGAGGCUGCCGACACAUGCUUUUUGAAGUACUUGGGACCUACGGGCUCCAUGCGAGCUAGCCACGCAAUCACAAAGGUGGAACCCAGGCCCGGAAGAUUUACUGGCGAGUGGCCCGAGUACACCAACACCACCCGCAAGGCCAUUCCUGCCGGCACUGUUGCGAAACUUGAGAUACCUAUCUGGCCUACUGGUAUCGUGUUUGAGGAGGGAGAGUAUCUGACCCUCAAGGUCUCAGGCCAUUACAUGAGCUUCAUGGAGUUUGACUUCUUGUAUGGAUCUUCUCACGCCAAUAAGGGUCGUCAUACCGUUCAUAUCGGAGGUGAUUUUGACAGUCAUUUGGUCGUUCCUUUAUUGGACCCUCUUGCUUGA